AUGGCUCGUAAACUCCACUACUUCAACGUGAACGGACUCGGUGAGCCAAUAAGGUACAUGUUGCACUACGCUGGACAGAAGUUCGAAGAUGUCCAAUACGAUGUGAAAAAAUGGCCUAUUCCCCAUGUUAAGGAUUUCCUUCCAUACGGUCAACUGCCGUUGUACGAAGAGGGAGGUAAAACCUUGAACCAGUCCUUGGCCAUCGCUCGUUACAUCGCCAGCCAGGCCCAUCUUCUACCUGCUGACGCCUGGGAACAGGCUGAGAUCGACGCAGUCGCGCUCAACAUCUACGACUACUGGUCAAAGGUUGUGCUCUACAUCAAGGAGAGUGACCCUGUGAAGAAGGCAGCAUACAAGAAGGAAAUCUUAGAAGAAUUCAUCAACUUCUACUUCAGCAGAUUCGAGAAAGAGUUGAAAAAGAACAAUGGAUUCUUUGGAAACAAGUUAAGCUGGGCUGAUUUCGUGUUAGUGGGUAUCGUUGAAGCCACAAACCUCUUCCUUGGUAUUGAGGUCCAGAAACAGUUCCCGACAGUGCAAACCCUUGUCACAAAGGUACGCUCUCUCCCUGGAGUUAAGGAGUACAUCGCAAAGAGAACACCAUACCAAGUCUAA